AUGCAGUCGUUGCGAUCGCAGCAGCCGCACCCGACGGCGGGGAUGGCGGGCAAAUCGCUCCUGAUGGGCAACGACGUGCUCACCGGCGCGCAGGACCCCCGGUUGCGCCUGCGUCUCCUACAGUCCCUCCUCACCUCCUUCCUGCCAGCUUCCCCUAAAGACCCCAUCGACAUGGCCAGGGUGCAGGCGGCGGUGGGGGUGCUGCGGGAGCAACACGUUCUAGCCGUGGAACCGGACUGGGCGGCCGUGGGGAGCGGUAACGAUCCCAGGAGGCGGGCUGUUGACGCUUGGUGCAGCAGGGUGUUCGCGUUAUUGGCAUCCCCGCUGCCGGCCAAUCGGUGGGCGGCAUGUGUGCUGGCAGGUGCCACGUGUGCAGAGAGCACAGCUCAGCGCGUGGUUGACACGUACGCCAAGUGGUGGGGGCGGCUAGCCGCCCUGCUGAAGGCGAAUAAGACAAAAGGAGCGGGUGGGGGGGGCGAGAAGGGCGCGCAACAGCAGCAAGAGGGGAAGGAGGAGGAGGGGGAAGAGGAGGGGGAAGAGGCGGAGGGAGAGGAGGGGGAGGAGGGGAAGGAGGGGAAGGAGGGGAGGGGGAAUGGAAGGGGGAAGGAGAAGGAGAGGGGGGGUGGGAAGGGCAAAGAGACCAUAGUACAGGAUACGAUGUUUGUGCGUGUGGCUGCUGCUGCUGCCCUCGCUGACCUUUCCUCAAGGCUGGCAACUUUGUCUCAUGUGCAGAGCGUGCGUAAGGAGGCUGGCACUCUGGCCGGCAAGCUUUGGCCGUUUCUGGCGGAGAUGAUGGGCGGCACUGAGAGCACGCAGGCAUGGAGCGUGUGCCUCUCGCUGCUCUCUCUGCUGCUCCGCUCCUUCCCCUCCAGCUUCAAGCAUCACGUUCCAGCGAUGGAGGCUCUGCUGGUGGCCAAGCUCUCAUCUCCCAAUGCACCCGCAUCCAUAGUCCAUUCCUGCUGCAGCCUGCUGGUGCUACUACCCCGUGCCUCCAAUGACCCCUCACUCUGGUCGGCUUUCAUGCGCCGCCUGCUGCUCUCCACACACGCGGACCUUGACACUCUGCUCUCUGGCUUCGAGGAUGAAUCUGUGCGGUCCAAGGCCCUGGUAACGCUCCUGCACUCCAAGAGUGCAGCCCUGCCAGUGCCUCUGGUCCCCGAGCAUGCACACUGGAUCGCCUCUAACUGCACCAAAGAGGACGAGCAGCAGCAGGAAUCAGGCGGGCAGGGGCAGCGGGGAGGGCAGGCCUCAAAUCGAAACGCAAACGGCAACCCUCGGAGCAGUAGCACCAGUGGUGGUGGCGGCAGCAGCAGCAGCGGCGGCGGUGGUGGCGGAGAUCCCGAGGCGGUGUUUCGGCGGGUGGUGCCACGGCUGCACGCGCUGCUGCUCACGUGCCAGCUGACCAUCACUCAGGGCUUCUCUGCUCCGGUCCCAGCGCCCCUCUCCGCCCUGCUCGCCGUUUCCCACCGCCUUGUAUCAGCCGAUGCCGUCAUUCGACUCACCCAAGUGGAGGGCACCGGGAUGGUCAUCCCCCUCUCUCUCCUCGCUUCUGGAGGGAGAGGAGGGAGAGGAGGAGGAGGGGGAGGGGGGGGAGGGGAUGCUUUUGAUGCGGGCGGAGGGAUGGACGGCAUGGGCUCGGCGUUUUCUGCCGCCCGCCAGCUGGCGCUGUGUGUGGAGCUGCCGGCGCUGCAGUGUGCUGGGUUGAGGAUGAUGCUGGCGGCGCUGCAGGGCGUGAGGAACCACAUCCUCCCGCAUGCAGCCACCAUCUCACACACGCUCGUGUCGGCCUUUCUCAGUUCCAUCCCUCUCUGCUCUCUCUUCCCACCCUCCCUCUCCCCCCCUCGCAGCCACAUUCUGCCCCAUGCAGCCACCAUAUCACACACACUCGUCUCAGCCUUUCGCCGGGCAGCAGCAGCGGGGGAUGACGCCACAGCUCUGCCCUUCAAGGCGCUGCUCUACCGCACGGCCACACAGUACCUUUAUGCGCUGGGCGCGGGCAUGGUGUCACAGAUCGCCCCCAUAGUGGUGGGUCGGGGCAUCACAGACCUCAAGCAGGCCGUGCCUCGAAGUGCCCACUCCCCCGCCUUCCCCCUUCCCCUUCCCUCUCCCCUCUAUCCCCUCCCUCCCACCUACGUGCCCCUUCCCCCCGUCUCUCCAGGCAUGAUGACGCAGAUCGCCCCAAUAGUCGUGGGGCGCGGAAUCACCGACCUCAAACAGGCCGUGCCGGCGCUCUUCUCCCCGACCAAUCAGCGCUCGCCAGGUGGCAGCAUGGCAUUCGACGCCGCUCCCGGCGCUGCAGCAGGCAGCGGGAAGCUGGGGGGAGCGGGCAGCGGAGGGGGAGGGGGAGGGGUGGGGGGAGGUGCAACUGGGGCAGGUGUUAUCUCGGGCAGUCGGUGCCUGCAGACCGUGGAUCUGCAGAUCGCGAUUCUGGAAGCUCUAGAGGCGCUCCUGGUGGCGGGCGGCCCUCUCUUACUGGAGCACUGGAGAAUGGAGGUAGACGCAGCUCUCACCUGCACCGCUGCCAUCGCCCUCGGCACCGGCGGUUAUGACUCCGGUUUCAACUCCACCCCCGGUUACAACUCCGGUUACAACUCCUCCACCACCCACGCGCACAUGCCCUGGACGCCCGGGUCCGAUCGUGCAAUCAGAUCGCUCCAGCUGGCAGCAUCUCGUGCGCUCCUAGCCUCCCUCCUAGCCCCGUGCAAAUACCGCCCACCGUACCUCGGGGGUGCUGGGGGGAUGGGGGAUGGCGGAGGGAUAGGGGGAGGAGCAGGGGGAGGAGGUGGAGUGGGGGCGUAUGGGGGGAUGCUUGGAGGAGUGGGUGCUGGAUCAGCUGGGGGCGGGGGUGGAGGGUUUGCAGGGGGGAUGGGUGGGGGAAUGGGUGGGGGGAUGGGAGGCGGGAUGGGCGGAGGGAUGGGCGGGGGGAUGGGAGGGGGGAUGGGAGGGGGGAUGGAUGGCGGCAUGGGAGGCGGAAUGGGUGGUGGUGCCACGGGGCUUGGAGCGCUGGGCGGCGAUGUUUGGCCGUUAGCGGACCUGUGGACGGAAGUAGACGGGUAUGGCACAUUCGGGCACGACCUGAUGGAGAUUGGGGGAGGCGCACCUGGUGCAGGUGGUACUGGUGGGCCCGGGGCAGGUGUUACCGUAGGGGGAGGUAACACGGUCGCUGAUCUAGGACAGGCGGCGACCGGAGCAGCCUUGGGAUCAUCGGGUGGAUUAGAGUCCAUGGAGGGGCAAGCAGCAGCCAUGCCUAUGGAUACUGACGGCACUGCCGUUCCUGUUGCUGGUCCUGCCAUGCCCAUGGCCCCUCCUCCUGCUCCUGCUCCUGCUCCUCCUCCUGCUCCUGCUGCUGCUGCUGCAGCAGCGCCAUCACAACAAGAAGCAGCAGCAGGAGCGGCUGCAGCACCUGCGGUUUCAUCACAGAGCGACAAAGGAGGUGGGGGGCGAGGGAGAGGAGGGGCGAACCAGCGAGGAAAAGGGGCAGCAGCAGGAGCAGGAGGGGGAGCAGGAGCAGGAGGAGCAGGCGGAGGAGCGGGAGGAGCGGAGAAGGGAGGGAAGCGUAGAGAUGUGGGAAAGGAGAUUUUCAUCAAGACGCUGGCACCGGCUGUGGCCAGGUUCCUUAGUGCCAAUGACCCCUCCUCCCCCUCUGCCUCUGCUGGUGCUUCCCCCUCCGCGUCUGCUGCACCUGCUGCCAGCAGUGGUUCUGCUGGCGGAUCCGGAACAGGGAGGCAGGCCAAAGAGCAGGCUCGGACCGGAGGAGGUUCGGCGCUAGCAGGUUCGGCAUCCGCAGGUUCGCAUGGUUACGGGGCAAGGAAGGUGGUAACCACGGUGGAGGAGGCAGAUGCUGCUGGGCUGGAGGCUGCGAGGAGGGCGAGGGAGUCCCGAACCAAGGCUGCUGCCAUGGCUCGCAUGCUACAGGAGUCUGGCUACCUGGGGACUGGAGGCUCGGGAACUCCAGGUUCGGGUUCUGGAGGUCCGGGGACUGCAGGUUUGGGUAUGGGUUCUGGUGGGGUUGUAGGGUCGGGACAAGAAGGGCAAGCUGGUUCUGCAGCUGGUAAUGCUGCUGCUGCUGCUGCUGCUGGUUCUGGUGGUGCUGUUGCUGCUGCAGCUGCUGGUGGUGCUGCUGCUGGUGCUGCUGGUGGUGGGAGAGGGAGGGAUGCAUCUGGAGGUGCUGCAGCUUCAUUCGGUUACUGUAGUUUCUUGUUUGCCACUCCCUCCCACCCCGUCAUCGCUUCUCCUCCCCCACCAGCUGUUGCCUCACCCUCCCACCUCGUCAUCGCCUCUCCCUCUCACCCACCUUUCCAUCGUUGCUCCCUCCCACCCCGCCAUCCACUCUCCAUUCCACCCCACCAUCCCCUCUCCCUCCCACUGCGCCGUCGCCUCUCCCUCCCUCCAGCCGUCGCCUCUCCGUUCCUCCCGCCGUCGACUCUCCCUCCCUCCCGCCGUCGCCUCUCCCUCCUCCCCGCCGUCGCCCCUCCUCCUCCCCGCCGUCGCCUCUCCUCCUCCCCGCCGUCGCCUCUCCUCCUCCCCGCCGUCGCCUCUCCUCCUCCCCGCCGUCGCCUCUCCUCCUCCCCGCCGUCGCCUCUCCUUCUCCCCGCCGUCGCCUCUCCUCCUCCCCGCCGUCGCCUCUCCUCCUCCCCGCCGUCGCCUCUCCUCCUCCCUGCCGUCGCCUCUCCUCCUCCCCGCCGUCGCCUCUCCUCCUCCCCGCCGUCGCCUCUCCUCCUCCCCGCCCCUCUUCCCCGCCGUCGCCUCUCCUCCUCCCCGCCGUCGCCUCUCCCUCCUCCUCGCCGUCGCCUCGCCCUCCCAUCCGCCGUCGCCGCUCCCUCCCAUUCGCCGUCGCCGCUCCCUCCUCCCGCCGUCGCCUCUCCCUCCCAUCCCGCCGUCGCCUCACCCUCCCAUCCCGCCGCCGACUCUGUCGACAGAAUGAACGUGUAG